CACACCUCUAAGCCCCUCAAAAUCUCUCCCUUUUUCUAUAGGCUUUACUGCAAAUACCAUUAAAAUACUACUAAGUUGUUUUAAAACCAGGCUAGGCUACGUGGUUUGAACUCAAAAGCUGCUACAACCACUGCGAAAAUCAAUAUAUUUUCAGCAGGUCGCUGUCUUCCACGCACAAACGCUGAUUUCAACGAUUGUGUUCGUGCAUGAAAUAGAACGAGAGUUGAAUAAUGUAAGACCAAGGAGGAAAAAGAAAGAUAACAGUUUUUGGAGCUUGAGAAAGGAAAAAAAACACCAGAUCUAAGCUUAUUUUCGGGAUUUAGUUGCCAAAAAAUGUCUGCUGAGGCGUUUUCCAUAGGAGGGUUUGUUCAUCAAGAACAGAAUCAUGCAAACCCUAACCCUAAAUCUAUUCCAGUUAAGAAGAAGAGAAAUCUUCCAGGAAAUCCAGAUCCAGAUGCUGAAGUUAUUGCUUUAUCUCCCAUAACUCUAAUGGCCACCAACAGAUUCAUAUGUGAAAUAUGCAACAAAGGUUUCCAAAGAGACCAGAACCUACAGCUUCAUCGGAGGGGUCACAAUCUUCCAUGGAAGCUGAAGCAAAGGAACAACAAAGAAGCGAUUAGGAAGAAGGUUUACAUUUGCCCCGAGAAGACCUGCGUCCACCAUGAUCCUUCUCGAGCACUCGGCGAUCUCACUGGGAUAAAGAAACAUUUCAGCAGAAAACACGGAGAGAAGAAGUGGAAGUGUGAGAAAUGUUCCAAGAAAUACGCUGUUCAAUCCGACUGGAAAGCUCAUUCCAAGACUUGUGGUACACGGGAGUACAAGUGUGACUGUGGGACACUCUUCUCCAGAAAAGACAGCUUCAUCACACAUAGAGCGUUUUGUGAUGCCUUGGCUGAAGAAAGUGCAAGAUUCAGUUCAUCAGCUUCGGCCACGAAUCUGAAUUUCAGAAACGAUAUUGUGAAUAUGCCUAUCGGAUUUGCUGGCCAAGGAGCUCUUGAUGUUGCUGGAAUCCCUCAAUUUCGUUCGGGUUUUACACAAGAUUUCAAUGGGAUGACCGCGUCAGGUAUGCCUGAGAUGGUUCAAAUGGCUUCUGGCAAUCUCUUUGGUUCAUCAUCAAUUGGCAAUUUCGGUACGAAUUCGAAUCUUCCCCUAUUGCCAUUGCCACGAGGGCUAAAAGAAGAAGGUGGAAGCAAAGGGAAGUCGACGGAAAAUAUGUCGUCUCUCUACUCGGAUACUCAAAUAAAGCAACAGCAGGCUACACCGAUGUCCGCAACCGCGCUUUUGCAGAAAGCGGCACAGAUGGGUUCAACGAGAAGCAACUCGACGUCGUUUUUCGGUGUAAUGAGCUCGUCUUCUUCCCAUGGCAUCGGUCAACAAGAGUGUUUCAUGGCGUCAAGCAACAACCUGCUGUUACAAACGGGAGUAGUGAAACAAAGUGAGCCGAGCCCGAGUCAAUUAAAGAUGCACCCCGGUUCGAACUCAAUUGACCAAAGCUUGACUAGGGAUUUCCUUGGCAUGAGCAAUGAUCAACCUGCUCGUCCGUUUUUACCCCAGGAACUAGCCAAGUUCGCAUCAAUAGGCUCGACCAUGGGUCUGAGUCAAUUCAGCAGCAACCACUGAGUCAACCUACCCCAAAUUACAACUUACAAGGCUGCAUCUUGUUUCGAAAAAGCUGGUGACUGGGGGACCGAGUUGGAGUCUGGGAAUUAAUUAAUCAAACCCCAGAAAAAGGAACAGAAGUUCAUCUUGUGAAUGGUCAGUAAUGGGGUCACGUUUCCUUGUUUGAAAUGACUAAACAGUGAGCUAAAAUUACUCCAAGUGUAU